AUGAAUAGUUGUAUACGUUUAUUUAAUCAAAAUAUUAGUGGAAACAUCACUAGAUCAAUUUCCAAUUUUAAAAAGCAUUCACCAAGAUCCAAACUCACUAGAUGUAUCCUUUCAAAUGGUGCAACAAUUAGAUAUUGGACAUCACUUCCAAUGUCAGAAACUUGGAGAUGUGAAACAGAUAUAUUCAAUAAUCCACCAGAAUAUGUAAUGGAUAAUAUCCAAAAAAUUAAAGAAAAAAGAAAAUCAGAUUUAGAUGAAAGAUUCAGACAAUACAAAAAAUAA